AGGCUCGCAUCAAACAUGAUGUCGACUUUCUCAUAUGGACGGGGUAAGUAAGGCUCGCAUCAAACCUGAUGUCGACUUUCUCAUUUGGACGGGUGACACCGUGGCCCACAUAGCCGACAAGAACUUGUCCCUGGAGCUGAACCUUGAGAUCCUCCAGAACAUCACCGACCUGCUCAACACCAGCUUUGUGGGAGCGCCCGUCUACGCAUCCCUGGGCAACCACGACUUCUACCCCAACGGUCAAGCCAACUACACAGAGGAUGAGUUUUACAGGAGCAUUGAUGACAUGUGGAGGGACUGGAUCAUCAAGACUGUGGGCAACAAGGAAGAGAAUUAUUUUGUCAAGGAGGGCGGGUACUACUCUGUGAUUGUAAGACCUGGCCUAAGACUUCUGGCACUGAACACAAACCUGUACUACACCAGUGACAAGCUGACCGCCAACAUGACUGACCCCACUGACCAGUUCAAGUGGAUGAAGCAACAGCUGCAAAGUGCUAAAGAUAAAGGAGAGAAGGUGUUUGUGACUGGCCACGUCCCACCUGGCCUUUUCUUCCCUGGAUAUUCGGAUUGGUUCUAUCCACACUUUAAGAAAUCUUUUAUGGAUAUCAUCCACAACUAUUCUGAUAUUAUUGUCGCAACUCACUAUGGACACGACCAUGCAGAUAGCUUUAAAAUCUUACAAGAUGAGAAAGGUGAAAGGGCAGUAACCCAGUUUAAUGCCCCAUCAGUAACACCAUGGAGGUACAAACUGCCAACAAAGACAGGAGAGGCUCACAACCCUGGCAUUCGUCUGGUCAAGUACAACAGGGACACAGGUGUCAACCUGGACUACACUCAGUACUUCAUCAACAUCACAGAUGCCAAUAAAGAAAACAAAGCUAACUGGGCCGAGCUCUACAGCUUCACCACCGCCUAUGAUGUUCCAGACAUGAGCGUCUCAUCCUUGAGGAAAAUCUUUGAAAACUUGAAAGCUGACCACAAGAGCAAAUACUACCAGAGGUUCUGCAACUACUGGGUGGUCAGCCAGCUGGACAUGAAAUGCACAGAAGAAAUGAAGGCAGACAUUCUGUGUGGUGGCCUCAAUUACAAUUUAGCGCAAGCUAAUAAUUGCUCAGCUGAUCGCAUCAACAGUUUAAAAAAUGCUCAAACAGUUUUAAAAGGCAGUUUUGUCACAGUCAUGCUAUCCAUAGUGUUUUUAGUGGCUCUCUUGCUGGAAUAAACAUUUAUUAGCAGUUUGAAAUAGGAAAUACUGCCUAUUGCGUGUGUUCAUUAGAUUGACAUAAAAUGUCCGAACUUAUAUAGAUCUACAUUUUUACUUUAAGAUUCUAUCAGAAUCCACUAGUGCAAAUGAGACAAUAAUUAAUUAAUCUAUUCAAUCUGAUUUGCAUAAUGCAUUUUUUUAUUAAUGUACUUGAAGUGUUUGAAUGACUUCUUUUGAUAAACUGAUUUUAAGAAUAUUGGUUGUGCUGACUAAAUACAUGUUGAUGGAGCCAAUUAGGUUUUGCCUAUGAUCAUUAUAUUUAUAAUGUAGGUUUUAAAGUUUAAAGGUGAUGAUAUCAAAUAAUUUGUUCAAUACAAUUUUCACAUAGUUAAUGACUAAUUAAUUGUUAUUGUUGCAUCUAUCUGUUUUUCAAAUUAAUUUAGCAUAUUAUACCUGUUAAAAUUUUUUUUGGCUUGUUAAAUUGCUUAUUGUAAAUAUUUAAAUUAACAAGAUAACUCUGCAGACAGUUAACUUUUGAUAUUAGUUUUGUGUUUGUCUAAGGCAGUUGGUCCAUGUUUGAAAGCCAGUUCAAUGUUUGAGAGAAAGACCUGAAGCCAAAUACUGAGCUAAAGCAACUUUUGAAAUCCUUUCCCAUUUUAUAGUCCUAAAACUAAAUGACCUGAGACCACAAAACCAUUGAUUUUUAAUUAAAGUGUAUCAUCAUUAUUUGGUAUAAUUUAGUCAUCCAUAAAUUUCGUUUAAAUGUUGUGCAACUUAAUGUACCCAUGUUGAGAAGCUAUUUGGUUGAUUAUGAAUUAUUAUAAAUAUUGAAAAGGAUUGCCUUGAAUAUUGUUUGUCUUUCUUGGAAUAAUCUUACUUGUUUUAAAAAUUAAGCCACUUAUUAAUUAUUUUACCAAAAUAAACAUGUAUUAAAAAUUGUGAUUAAU